UCCCGGCUUUUGUAUUUGUCCGCGAGGUUGAAGGAUCCACCCACCGAAAGUGGAAAAGGAAUUAUUCCUUGCCUGAAAUAUUUUUUUGAAGUUUCAUCUUUCAAUCAGAUUCAAAGGACACCGCACCACGCAACGGAGAAGUCGAAAAGAAGAAAGCAAUAAGACCCAGCGCUCUCUCCUUCUAAGCUUGCCGAAAAUGGCGGCGACGGCGGCGACGAAGCGCAAAGGAACCAACUCAGGCUCUGAUGGAAUGAAUGCAAGGGUUUGGCUUUAUUCAAUUUUACUCACUCUUCAAUACGGAGCUCAGCCUCUGAUUUCCAAGCGUUUCACCGGGCGAGAAGUUAUCGUGACUACCUCAGUCUUGAUGUGUGAGAUGGCUAAGGUAAUAUGUGCCCUAAUUCUCAUGGCAAGAAAUGGUAGUUUGAAGAAAUUAUCCAAGGAGUGGACUUUGGUUGGUUCUCUCACUGCAUCAGGACUUCCUGCAGCUAUUUAUGCGUUGCAAAACAGCUUGCUGCAGAUUUCUUACAGGAAUCUUGAUUCACUCACAUUCUCAAUGCUGAACCAGACAAAAAUAAUUUUCACUGCAUUGUUUACGUUUAUAAUAUUGAGGCAGAAGCAGUCAAUCCAGCAAAUUGGUGCUUUGUUCUUGUUGAUCAUGGCAGCUGUUCUUCUUAGUGUUGGUGAAGGGUCCAGCAAAGGGUCCAGCAGUAGUAACCCUGAUCAAAUUCUAUUUUAUGGGAUUGUUCCUGUUCUUGUUGCUUCUGUUCUUUCUGGCCUUGCUUCAGCUUUGUGUCAAUGGGCUUCGCAGGUUAAGAAACAUUCUUCAUACUUGAUGACUGUAGAAAUGUCCAUUGUUGGGAGCUUGUGCUUGCUGGCCAGCACCACUAAGUCUCCAGAUGGUGAAGCUAUUAGAAAAUAUGGAUUCUUUCAUGGUUGGACUCCACUGACUAUGAUUCCAGUUAUAGCUAAUGCUCUUGGUGGAAUACUUGUUGGCCUGGUAACAAGCCAUGCAGGGGGUGUUAGAAAGGGGUUUGUCAUUGUUUCUGCACUACUUGUGACAGCUAUGCUGCAGUUUAUUUUUGAAGGGAUACCACCGACAUUGUAUUGUUUGCUGGCUCUACCACUCGUCAUUAGCAGCAUUUCAAUAUACCAAAGGUAUCCAUAUAGAGUAAAAAAGAAGGAAUUGUGAAAUACACUUCGCUGUAGCAGGGGAAUUAUUAGCACAUCCCAGUUGGCGAAGUUUUUAUUAGUUUUGCAAAUCCCAGAUUUGCAGAGGAAAGUUGCAUAUAUCCUUUAGGAGUAUAUUCACCACUACCAGAUUGGAGCACAAGGAAGUUGUACUAUGCAUUUGCAAAAUUGAUGAACAAGUAUAUUGGGUUCAUGAAAUCUGGAAUUAAGUAUUGAUUGCGAGGAAAUUAAAAAAAAAAAGGAACUAUAUAGGAUUUAUGGCCUUCUGAAAAA